CCGCUUCUCUAGCGCAUCCCUCGGUCAUAAACCGCCCUCACGCACGCCCCGCACGUCCCGCAUGGCCACUUACCUACCCCUCCUCCUCGUCUCCGUCUCAGCCAACAACACCGCGCCCGAUGACUCCGCCGUCACGACCCAGCCCCGCGGCCAGGUCGACUACCUCUCCCAUCACUGGGAGGAGGACGACGUCGCCCGCUCAUGGAGGAGCAUGACCAAGCAGAAGGACCACAUUGCGAACGGUGUCAGGCUCGAGAACGCCAGCUGGCGGACCUGGUGGAAACAACGGAACGGAUUGAAGACGAUUAGCCCUGAGACACUCAAUUGGUUGAAAGACUCAGACGUCACGUGGCUCUAUGGCCCGCUUCACACUGCCGGCGACUGGACCAAGCCGCCAGAAGCUCGGAACGAGGGCGGGAUCAGCGCCUGCGGCAGCUCAGCCCAGGAUCUGACGCGAUUCCGCCGCGAUUCUCCGUCGCCCCCCACGUCCGAGAACGCAGGGCCGAGGAAGCCGAUCCUCAAACACCGCACGAUCGGCGAGCUCCUGAUGAGCUACGUCCCGCCGUCUGCGAUCGCCGACGAUGACGACGACGACGACUACGAGUUCGAGGAGAACGCGAACGCGGCGGACGCGCCGCACCGCCCGCCGCUUUUGCACACCAAGAGCGACACUCACAUCAUGCGCUGGCGCAAGAACCAGGCGUUCCGCAAGGAUUCGCCCCCGCGGAUAGUGCUUCCGGCCGAGAAGCCGGAGGGCGACGAUCCGGCUAGGGCGGGUGCGCCGCUCAGCCCGGCGUCGAAGACGAGCGAACCUCACGAAGGCAGCGACCAAGACGGCGCUCAGCCGAAGAAGCGGCAUAUCAGCUUCAACACGUUUGUCGAGCAGUGUAUCGCCAUCGACGAGCCGCAGCCACGGAAACGGUUCAAUUCGGGCAGCCGCCACCCGUCGCCGUUAUACGACACUUAUUCUUACGACGGACGAGUGGACUCGGAAGAGGACGAGUUCGAGGAACACCAUGAUACCAUGGUCAGCCCGUCCGACUCGGAAGACGACCAGCCUCUCGAGAUCCGUACGCGUUCCCGGACGACGUCGCUCACGAACCCGACGGCGCACUUUGGCCCGCACGGUUUCCUCUCUCGCGCGCGGCCGCCGCUGAUGCGCACCUCCUCUUCGGACAAGUCGCACGUGACCAUCGCGCCGAUCGCGCCGACGAUGCUCAAGACGUACGGCGUCGCGUCGGGCGACGUGGAGCCGACGGCGGAGUACCCGUACUUCCGCGCGGCGGGCGACGCGCCGGGCGAGCUCGUGUACGUCCCGCCGGUGGGGAGCAAUUACGAGCUGCUGCCGGGCUCGCGCACGGGAAGCAGUGAGGACGUGUGGACUCAUCGCGAGGCGCAUCUCAUCGUCGGUGCAGGGUCGCGCUCGAGCAGUAGCAACUCGUCGACGUCGUCGGGGUCGGGCGCGUCGUCCGUCGCGGGGUCGUCGACGGCGAGUACGCCGUACUCGCGCACGGUGUCGAUGCCGCCCACGCCGCACCCGAAGGUGUGGGAGGGCGUGCCGCCGCCGCCGUCGGACGAUGACGUGAACGGGACGGAGCUCGACGCGUACGAUUAUUUCAGCGGACCGGAUUUGGGCGAGGAUUUCCCGGAGAGGAGCGGUGGAGGCGAGCGCGAGUCGUAUGCGGAUAGGAGGACGAAGGAAGAGGAGAAGGGGGAGAAGGAGGGGAAGGAGGAGCAGGGGCCGGUGCGGUAUGCGGAGGGAGGGGCGGCGAGCGUCACGAAUGGGCGGAGUAGUGGGCCUGAGGGAGGUGGCGGGUCGCGGUCGGUGCCUGUGGUUAUCAAUACGGCGGGCGCGGUGGAGGAGAGGGAGGAGCAUUCGCCGACGGUCUCGAAGGACGAGACGAAGCCGAGGUCGCCGUCGCCCGAGCGGCAGCAGGACCCGUCGGUGCCGCAUAGCGCUCCGGUGCCCGUGCCUAGGGUCGGCUCGGCGCACAGUCAAGUCGUACCGCCUGCAUCGUCGGUGGCUCCCGACUUUUUGUCCCCUCGCGAGGCGAGCUCGGGGUCGCUGCGUGGACGAAGCGCACGCUCGGAUAGGACUGCUGCUAGCCCCGGUGGGUCGAGGUCGGAGUCGCGCGGGCGCUCGGUCACGCGGAGCUCGUCGUUCUCCGAUCGCGAGCGGUCGUCGAGCAGAGGCGCCAAUUCGCCGUUGGGCAGUAUAUCCCCGACGGGUUCGUUCGUCGGCGCGGGACGGAGAACGACUGGCGCGAGCGUUAUACAACGAAGGGCGAGCGCGGACAGCGCAGGCGGUGGUGGGGAGAGCGGUGGUCGGGAAGGACGCGGGCGCGAACGGAGCGAUCGGAGGAUAAGCGAGAGCUUGAGCCCGCCGCAUGUGGCCAAGGCGCCUGCGUAUCAGCCCUACCUUCCGACGUCGUCGGAGAGGCCGACGGGCGGUGGAGACGACAGCUCAUCGUCGGGCUCGUCGACGAUCUCGGCGCCAUCCACUUCGGCUACGCAGACGAAGUCGGGGCUCGCGCUCCCCAUACCGUCGCCCAUACCGGAGGAGGACGAGGCGCGGUCGCGGAACCCGACUCCGGCGAAUUCACCUACGCUCGCGGCGAUGCAGCGCGUGCUCCCCCCGGACGCGUUCGCGGCGCCGAACACGCCCCCGCCGAAGGCGACGUCGCAUGCGAGGACGACGUCGAACAGCUCGGUGAGGUCGAUCGACUAUGCGCCCGUGCAGAGCAGCCCGAUAUUGAGGCCGGCGGAUAAGCGGCGGAGAUCGUCGGAUGGGGGUCCGGACGGGACGCUCGUGGGGCGCGCGGCGGAUAUCGUGUCGACCGCGCGCGGGUUCUUGGGAUCGCUGUGGGGCGGCGGCAAUUGAACGAAAUCGAACGAGAACGGGCGUACACGCCCGACGCGGACCGCAUUUUUUUUACCUACCUUCAUCCCGGUCAUCGUCCCUCACUCGUCAGUUAUUGGUCAACCUAUCGCGUUGCGGAGCUCCACCCGUUCUCGCACAUCGCGCAUUGUACUCUCUUCCUCCUCUCAUACGACGGGUCUUCUCCCCCACCUCGUUGCGGCUUAGGUUCCUUACCUUACCCGCGUUGCACAUAAUCAGGGUUUCGUUAUUACUCGCAAAGUAACAUCAUCAUUAUCCUAUCUCUCUUUUUUUUUUGUGCCUUCUUUUCUCCUUUUCACCUUCCAGAUUGUAGUUUUCCAUGGACUCCGUCUGCGCCGGCUCGGGCCGCGCACACGACAACCUUUUUUGCCAUCUUUUUCCCCCGUUUCUUGUCAUUUCUUUCUUCCCGGUCUUUUUUUUUCUGGUCUCGUGUCAUUACCAACCUGCUUGCCAUCAUCCAUAUCAAUUGUAACUUUAUAAACCCG